AUGAAAUCCCAAGAAGAAGCCUUCAAAUCCUCCCGCCACCCAGCACCUAAGGCCAAGACCAAGAAUCCCCAACCGCGCAAUACGGCGACGGGGAAUCGGGUUACGAAGAAUGCGUCGAGGAAUGAGAGGAGGAAGGCGGCGAGGAGGACGGCGGGGUUGAUUAAAGCGGGGAUGGUGGAGGGGAAGGGGAAGGGAGGGGUGGAAGUGGAAGUGGAAGUGGAAGUGGAAGUUAAGGGGGGAGAGAAGGAAGGGCAGGAGAAGGAGGAUGGGAAGACAACAGAAUAUUCUGAUAAGAAUCAUCCCCCGUGUCAUCAACUUUGUCUCUCUUCCAAGAUCGGAUCGGAGAAUUCAGAUAUCAAAGCCAUCGCCACGAGUUCCCCCAAAUGUACAGUCUGCCACAAGACAGCGCCAGUCAUCUGCUCAAUAUGCAAAUCCUCCGCAUACUGCUCUUUCGAGUGCAUUACCAAAGAUCUGCCUGUUCACAAGAACUUCUGUCAUCAAUUCACCGAGUUUACCUCCACCCAUCCUCGAGCUGCCGACAGUCCAGUCGAAGAUGAAGAGUUUGGAUUCCAAGACCCCCAUGUUACAGAAUCUACCGUCUUCAGACUCGGCCUGCUAUUUCCGGUCGACGCUACAACGCCUCAAUACGGUCCAAACUCCGUUCGUCGUGGCCCGUUGGCUAUUGUUCCUGCUACCUCUGUGCUUGAAUUAGUAGCUAAGCCUGGCCCUCCUCCUGCUGCUGCCCUUGCCGUUGCUCCUGUAGCAGCGGUUCCUCGUGAUAUACCAUGUCUUGGGUGUAUCAAAUCUGCUCUUCAGGGGCAAUUGAAGGGUCCUUGCCGAGAUCUCCCCCGGAAUGGCAAGCGCUGUGUCCUCUGCGCCAGUCGGCAUUCGUGCUUCACCAGAGAAGGCAUUUUUGGUUGGGCUGGAAGCCGUUUGGUUCAGGCAGCUCUCGGAGAUACCGAGGCUGAGAAGAAGAAAUGGCGACACUGUAUCCGCCCUAUUCUAGGAAAGAUUGAAGAGGAGUUUGCUGAGGAGAAGAGAAAGAAGGAAAAAAAGGAAAAAGAGAAAGUCAAAAAGGCUAAGGGCAAGGGCAAGGCUGAGGUCAAGUACGCUGCCAUGAACAUAUCAAAGAACACCAAGAAACGUGCCUUCUCAUCCCAGAUUUGUCAGCACAUGGGGAUCCCGCUACGUCUCAUCAAACAACGAAGUCCCCAAAAUUUCGCGUGUGAGAAAGGUGACCCAUAUGAAAACUAUGAGCCAUACUUUUUGGUCAUGAACGCCAACCCUACCGACGACGACGACACAUGGGCAACUGCCAAUCUUCAAAAAUGGGACCUGGAAGUGGAAUCGGUUUUCGUCAUCCGUGCCGAUCAAAAAGACAUAAAUCCGCAUCGGGUCGAAGUGUUGGUGCACUAUUGCCGCUACCAGCUCCAUCCUCAAAUGAUAGAACUUAAAUCCGGCUCGGAAUUCUUCUUAGUGAAGGAACCGGAGGCGGAGGAGAUGGAGAAAGCUAACCCUGAACAUGCAUAUGAGGAGCUGGAUAUAGAAGAUGAGCGGUGA